CAUCUAUCCAUAGUCGCUAUGGGCUGCCGUCUGCUAAUUCAUCUCAAAGUGUGGGCGAAAAUGCAUCCAUUUCAGGAAUGUAUCAUACAGAAUCGUCUAAUGGAUAUGUUCCCACAAACGGGCGAAGGUCAGUCUAAAACACCUUACUGUGAAGAAUGUUAUUUAGUUCUGGUUAAAGGAAAAUUCAGAAGUACUAUCAGCAAAAGAAGAAUUUUUAAGGACAGAGAGAGGAAAGUCCUCGUCAUAUUGGAUGGGUCAAAGGAGUCUGCUUUUCUCUUCCGGCAAGUCGAAGACGCUAUGAAACAAACAAAUUUCAAGCGGCUUAUACUUGAGCCUUCAUUCAUAUUUCUCGUGUCUGCGGAUAUGACUGAUGUACGAGUUGUGGAGGAACACUUAGCAGUUCUUCGACAAGCACUGCCAGGGUCGUAUUAUAUGGUUCAUCUGGCAGCCAUUUUUGGUGAUAUCCAAAUGGUCGAUAAUGGCACGUGUUCUGGGCUUCAACAUGUUACUCAACUAAAGGAAUUUCUUGCCUCAUUUCGAACAGCUGUUUCUCGUGAAGAAGCCGUACGCAUACUGAAGGUUCGGCUCCUUCAAAAGUUGUCGCGACAUACGGAAGUGCCAAAGGUGCCCUUUACACCAACUUCUCGAUUUUUCAAAUGUUAUUAUUAUGUAGGUGAUGCUACCAUGCAGUAG